AUGGUGGAAAACUGGAAAAGACAAAGAAAGCUUCCGCAUGUUCCACAUAUUCCUUGCAUUCGAGUCCCUCCCUCGGCCGCGGUCACUUCAUUAAUGACGGGCCUGACGCCAGGACAGCAGUGCUAUUUCUACAACAUCAUGAGCAUUUACAACUGUAGACCCCAGUGGGAGGCCCUGAAGGCUCGCUACAUCCACAGCCUUCAGCACCAGCAGCUGCUCGGCUAUCUUACUCAACAAGAAGUCUUGACGUUUGCUGCUUUAAUGAGCCAUUCAGCCGAGAGGGCCUCAGCCCAGGUAGCCCGUCAAAGAACUCUUCUCCCUCGGAUGACUUCAGCUGUGGCAAGGAAAUGGCCACCAGCACAACCCAUGUCUGGGCUUCCGCCCAGGACCCCAAGCACAGGGCUCUGCUCCCUCAGGGAGCGUGGCUUGAAUAAGCUCUGA